UAUUCUGGCCGCGGGGUUGGGCGGCCAGCGCGGCACGGGGCGGGGCUCGUAGGGCCGCUGCUUCCGGCCGGGCAGCAGGCCGGGGCUCGGGCUUCCGGCGGCGACGCCGGCCGCUUGGAGCUGUGGCUUUUGCUCCUGGCUCUGCUACCCCGGCGCCGUGUUCAUUAAUCGUUAACCCGCGGGCAGGCUGCUGCCCAGUCACAGACGCCCACGGGGCUCGGUCACCUUGGAGGGCGGAGGGGCAGGCGAGUGCUCUCUGACAGCGGCGCGGGCGUUCGCGCGCCCGAGAGCGUAAGCCCCGCCCCGGCGUCCCGCGGCCCCGCCGGCCUCGCUGCGCGUCUCCCGGAGGCCGCGGGAGGGACGGCCCUGCGCGUGCGCACGCCUCGCUCCCGCGGGCCUGGGGCUCUCGAGCGCCGCCCCGUGUGACCGCGGCCCGGCUUCACUCGGAUAUUAAAUAGAGCUUGAAGUCGUGUCAGAGCUCGAGGACCGUGGCGGUGCCACUAACAGGGCUGAGCCUUCCGCCAGGUCGCGUCCGCUCCAGACACUAGACGUGUGGGCCGCCUUCCCCCCUGCACGGCGCCGUUCGGCCGCCUCCCUCACGGGCGCGCCGGCGGCCCCAAAUCCCGCCUGCCCGGGGGGCCGCACCCGGGGAGCACCCCCUGCUGACCACGGAGCUCUAAGACCGCCCCCGAGGGGAGCGGGUUCUACAGCAGCCGCGUGACUUCCUUAACUUCUCAGGGAAGUAGUCCGUUUGAAACGUUGGUUGACGCGACUCUUGCAAGUUAGCGUCCCUAAAUUUAAAAAAAUUCAGAACCAUCAUCUUUGCUGAUACAUAUAUGGUGAUAUAUAUAUGUAGUGAUAUACACGCACACAUAUAUACACACAGAUGUCUUUAAUCUGCUAAAAGGUUUUGCACCUUCAAGAUAGUGUACUUGCAGCCCACGUGUUUUUCUAAAUCCGUGGCUCUGCUUAGAUGCAGCGUUAAGAUUUCUAUAUCAAUGUCCACAAAACUUAGACUCAUAAGAUCUGGGUUUGAAUCUUGAGCGCUACGGAGAAGUUUGGGUAAGCUUUUGUUAAAGAAGGUCCUUUCCCUUUAGUUUCCUCAUCAGGAAAAUUGGUAUGAUCCUUACCCCUUGGCGGUUUUGUGACCAUUAAAGAACUCAUACACGCAGAGGGCGUAAGGAGUGACACCGAAGGAUAUCUGAUUUUAUCUGUUAUUCUGCCAUCCAAAGAGAUACAAAACGACUGUCUAAGGCAUUUCUCUUCCCUGAACCUAAAAGCAAGGAUGUCACCCUGGAGCUGUGCAUUCUGAUGAUGUGGCCAAGUCCCCAGACUUAAUGAAAGCCCCUUAGUCAGUGCUCAAGAGGAGGAACAACAUGGAUCUUGAUGACUCUGAACAAGAUCCUGAAAUAAAGGAAUAUUCUUCUGUCUGUGUUGGCAGAGAAGAUGACAUUAAAAAAUCUGAAAGAAUGACAGCUGUUGUCCAUGAUAGAGAAGUGGUCAUUUUCUACCACAAAGGAGAAUAUCAUGCUAUGGAUAUUCGCUGUUACCACUCAGGAGGACCUUUGCAUUUGGGAGAAAUAGAGGAUUUUGAUGGACGACCAUGUAUAGUUUGCCCCUGGCAUAAAUACAAAAUUACUUUGGCAACAGGAGAAGGACUAUAUCAGUCUAUAAACCCUAAAGAUCCAUCAGCAAAACCCGAGUGGUGCUCCAAAGGAAUAAAACAAAGGAUUCAUAAAGUGACAGUGGACAAUGGGAAUAUUUAUGUGACUCUUUCUAAAGAACCUUUUAAGUGUGACUCUGAUUUUUAUGCCACUGGAGACUUCAAAGUAAUUAAGAGUUCCUCCUGAUAAAAUUACAUGGCAAUGAAAAAUGUGUAUGUUUUGAAAAUAUUUUUAGACUAACCUUGCUUCAAUACCAAAGAUGAUUAAUUUUUUCAACAUAGGCACAUUUAUUACUUUUCCUCAAAAAUCCUAUAAGCACAUGUACUUAGUAUGAUGUAAGGAUUACCAUCAGGAUCUAUAGAAUACAUGUCAUCAAAUCCUCUGGAUUGAUUAGAACCUGAAGGUGAUGGGUGUGGAAUGUGCAUUUUAAGAAGGAUGAAAAUAAUUUUGAGUAACCAAAAUGAAGAAAAGGUAAUAAAUAAGAUCUAAGAAAAGUUUUUGGGGGAAAAUCCCUAUUUGAUAUAGCAGACUUUAUCACAGAAAAGUUUUAAUAUAUACAAAGUCAAAUAAUAAACUCUCAUCACCCCACUUCAACACUUAUCCCCAGUCUUUCAUUCUGGUUCCGUUGAUACUUCCACGCAUUCCACGCCUCCCCUAUCUAAUUGUUAUUCUAACUUUUUUUUAGGUAAACUUUAAAUACACUGAAAUGCUUAAGUCUUGACUGUUCAGUUUUUCCAAAUGUACAGCAGACUUUUUACACUUAAAAAAUGCCUCCAAAAAUGGAAUCAAUUUACAUGCUGAAUAUAAAAAUAAACUUAUCAAUGUGCUGGACAUCAAAACCAAAUAAACCUUGGUUCAGUUUGUCUCCAGUCAAGACAGACAGUCUCAAAGUAAGGAAAACACAGCUGCUGCCCAGCCAUGAGAGACGUGAAGUCUCCUAUUUAGUGAGCCAAAGUACUCUGCAUGCCUGUAUGAAAUUUUCGAAUAAAGGGUUUUUUAUAUUUAGA